GCCGCCAAGGACUUCAAUUUCCUUAAGGUUGCUGUCGCGUGUUAUUUGACUGAACUGCUCAGUGAAAUUAGGUAAAAUGUUUUUAAUUUUAUGAACGCACUCCUCACUUGUGCUUUUACAGUUUUAUGUUGUUCAAACUGCACUACUUAAAGAUCUGAGACUUCUUCUGGGGUGUGGUGAUGGUUGGCUUCGACCCGGCAGCGAAAGCGCUGAGCCCCGAGGAGGCUGCGUUGGCUGGGUCCGCGUCGGGCCUGGUAACGCGAGCUAUGAUCAGUCCCAUGGACGUUAUCAAAAUCCGAUUCCAGCUGCAGAUCGAGCAGCUGUCCUCCCGCAGCCCGACGGGGAAGUACUGGGGCGUGGUGCAGGCGGCCCGCCGCAUGCUCUGGGAGGAGAGCGUCACGGUGUUCUGGAAGGGCCACGUCCCCGCCCAGCUGCUGUCUGUGUGCUGGGGCGCCGUCCAGUUUGCCACGUUCCAGUUCCUGACGGAGAUGGUGCACACGCGCACGGCGUACAGCAGCCAGAAGCCCGGCGUGCACUUUGUGUGUGGAGGCUUCGCUGCCUGCUCCGCCACCGCCGUCUGCCAGCCCCUCGACACGCUGCGCACACGCUUCGCUGCGCAAGGAGAGCCCCGGGUUUAUCAGUCCCUGAGACAUGCGGUGUCCACCAUGUACCGCACAGAGGGGCCCCGGGGCUUCUACAAGGGCCUGGCCCCCACGCUCAUCGCUGUGUUCCCCUACGCUGGCCUGCAGUUCUUCUUCUACAACGUCUUCAAGAGCCUCCCGCUGCUGAAGCCCAACGAGCCUGGAAACCUCCAUAACCUGCUGUGUGGCAGCUGUGCUGGCGUGCUCAGUAAGACGCUCACCUACCCCUUCGACCUGUUCAAAAAGAGGCUGCAGGUGGGGGGGUUCGAGAAGGCCCGGGAGAGCUUCGGACAGGUGCGGACCUACAACAGCUUCUCGGACUGCGUGGUGCGGAUCGCGAGAGAGGAGGGCCUGCAGGGCUUCUUCAAGGGCCUGUCCCCGAGCAUGCUGAAGGCCGCCUUGGCGACCGGCUUCACCUUCUUCUGGUACGAGCUGUUCUGCAGCGCCCUCUGCAGGCUGAAGGAGGCGCGGCGCUCCGAGUGACCGGGGAGCCGGGUGCCCAGGGGGGCGGAGCUACUGCACGACCAGACCGCGUGUGGCACGACCACACACACAGGACCGCACAUACUGGACCGCACAUACUGGACCGCACAUACUGGACCGCACACACGGGACCGCACACACGGGACCGCACACACGGGACCGCACACACGGGACCGCACACGGCAGGACCGCACACACUGGACCGCACACACUGGACCGCACACAUGGGACCGCACACAUGGGACCGCACACGGCAGGACCGCACACACUGGACCGCGCACACGGGGCCGCACAUACAGGACCGCACAUACAGGACCGCAGACACGGGACCGCACAUACAGGACCACACACACACACGGGAUCACAACGUCUCACGGACUCGGGUCGCGUUUUUUGCCGAGGAGGGGGGAUUCCGUCUCCCGAGGGAAAAUCUUGCCGUCCUCUCGCUGGCUCUCAGGAAGCUGUGCCUGCAUCGCUGUAGCCUCUGUGAUGGAGAGAUCUGUGUGCUUGUAGCUCUGUAGGCUGACACUUUCCAAGUUAUUACGUUACAUUAUUGGCAUUUGGCAGACGCUCUUAUCCAGAGCGACGUACAGUUGAUUAGACUAAGCAGGAGACAAUCCUCCCCUGGAGCAAUGCAGGGUUAAGUGCCUUGCUCAAGGGCCCAACGGCUGUGCGGAUCUUAUUGUGGCUACACCGGGAUUAGAACCACCGACCUUACGGGUCCCAGUCAUUUACCUUAACCACUACACUACACGCCGCCCCUCCUCAUGUGUGUGUAGAGUGAUUUCAGAGAACUUUACCAAUUCACUAUUUUUACCUUAGGCAGAGUGGUCCCGACAUGUCAUGUAAAUCAGAGCCUUUCAAACUCGGCGUUGCAGCUCAAAUAUGAAUCAAGAUUCAGCCACUGCAUUGCUUAUUUCUCGCCUCGAAUGUUUUCAGAAACAUAUUUCCGUGGAUAGGUCAGGAGGCAAAAGACAAAAGCUUAUCAAAGGUCCGCCGUAUUAUUAUUUUUUGGCAAAGACAAAGCCCAAUCGGGUAUCAGUCGUCCCUUGUUUAUAUUAAUCCCAUUGGCCAGCUGUCUGUUGGAACCCACCAUCUGUACUGUAUGAUAACGGACAUCUUUAUUUCGGUCUGAAGUUAAGUGCAUUUGUUGAAUUCGAUGUGGCACAGCCCUACGAGCCCAUUGAUCGAAAAAAAUAGAAAUCUAUGAUAAAAAUAUGAAAAAGCAUGAGGCCCAUUGUUUCUGGAAUCUGGUUCUCCACCCACCCUUCACCUGGGAGGCAGGUGUGAAGACAUUCUGGCCAAUCAGUAGCACUAGUUACCCGGGAGAAAAGAAAACCAGGGCUGGAUUUGGAUUCAAGGGCCGUGAUUUGAAGAUUCCUGCAGUAUUUAAUGCCCCCGGAUAAGAUUUACUGCCUGCAUGACAGACACAUUUCUGACCAGGGAGGUUGUGCUCGGAUGAAGACCAGCCUUGUCGAAACUUCGUCUUCAGCUGGGCCAGUGUUAUGCUCUGUGCUGUGUACGCUUUUAUUUUAUUUUAUUUAUCUUUUCUUUUUUUGCGUUUGCCUCAGGCCCCGCUGAAUUUCGGUUGGGUGUACCAUAUUUUAAUGCUGUAUUUGGCAUGAACAUUGUGCUUCUGCUGCUGUAGUAGUGUUCUUAUGGGAGUGAACAUGCUCACUUCAGAGACAGUGUUGUACUGUAUGGUUAUGAAUCAUUUACUAAGUUUAGGAAAAGGUGGAUUUUGUUAUCAGCUUGUUUUUAAAAUGAGGUGGUGGUUUGAGAGGGUUGGUGUGGGAUGGGUUCCUUAUUAUUUCAUGACAUUUACAACCUGUGGGAAAUAAUGUUUAGGAAAAAUGUAUUUUAGGUAGACCUGUACACCAGCUUGUUAAUGCAAAUAUUUAAUCAGCCAAUCAUGUGGCAGCAACUAAAUGCAUAAAAGCAUUGAGGUUCAGCUGUUUUUCAGACCUAAUGUCAGGAUGAGGAAGAAAUGUCAUCCAAGUGACUUUGACCGUGGAGUGAUUGUUGGUGCCAGAUAAGGUGGUUUCAGUAUCUCAGAAAACUGCUGAUCUUCUGGGAUUUUCACGCACAAGAGUUUGCAAAGAGUGGUGCAAAAAGCAUCCAGUGAGCAGCAGUUCUGCACGCACAAAAACACGUUUUUUGAGAGAGGUCAGUGGAGAAGGGCCAGACGGGUCAAAGCUGACAGGAAGGCGACUGUAGCACAAAUAACCACACAUUACAGCAGUGGUGUGUAGUGGAGCAUCUCUAAACACAGAACAAACCUCUAAGUGGAUAGGCUACCACAAGUCUAAUAAAAUACACUGUGAGCACUUUAUUAGGUAUGUUAAUGAGCAAUGGCUUCAUAAGAGAACAGACCAUCAGUUGAUGUAUGAAUUAACAAUGAAUGGGUACUGCCUGACAUAAGGCUACCCUCACUUUGGAAAUCUGUGAUGUUUCACAGGAAAUGAACGUAUUGAAUUUGUUGUCAACCAAAGACCAACACUUUCUUUAUUGGUUCUCAUCUCACUUUGGUGUGGAGUGAUCGUCAAUGUUUGGUCUUUAGUCAGAACACUCAUGCUUUUUUUAAAUGUAUCCAUUUCAUUUUAUUACUAUUUAUUUAAGGGCAAAGCACUUCUCAGGGACCACAUAUGUUACAUGUGCCUUGUAGACGACCGCUUUUACAUGUUAUACGAUAACGUAUUUAGUAGGUACUGGAACGGAUUAGCAUUGGUUAUCAUAGGAGAUCCCGACCGUGGGAGAUGUUGGCAAAGCUUAGCCACGCUGUAUAUGGUAUGCAGUGUACAGGUUGCAGUUUAAUGUGUAAUGUCAAAUAUGCAAUUGACAUAUUGGUCAUGCUUCGCUAUUAAAUAUAAUUUUUCUUUAAAAAGCAUGACCUCAGUCUUUGGUUCAUAAGUACCUCAGUCAUAAACAGUCAGUUGGGAAGCUGCAGUGUGGUUGACAGAACACCAUCUAGGACAGUCCAUUAAUGACUACAAUACAAUAUUUUGUUUUAAAAUAUUGUAAUGUCAUCCGUCUGCAUUACUGGUUUGUGCCUUGUAUUUAACAGCACCAUGUGAACCGUGGGCAGAGUGUAAUGUCUGUAAGGUCAAAAAGUGUCAAAUGUUAUUUUUUUUAUGAAAAUACAUUUCUUUUGAAGUACAAUAA